AUGUCGACCCUAAGUGAAGUUAAACCUGAUUCAGAAUCUAAUUCUGCAAUGACUAUGGAAUUUUAUAGAAAGGCUUUAAACUUUAAUGUGAUUAGUAGGUAUGAUCCUAAGAUAAAACAAUUGCUUUUCCAUACUCCACAUGCUUCAGUUUACCAAUGGGAUUUUGAGAAAGAUGAAUGGAAUAAGUUAGAAUACCAAGGUGUAUUAGCAAUUUAUUUACGUGACAUUUCCAAUGGAGAUAUGUUACCACCAAAGGAAGAGUCUAUAGCUUCCUUGAACACUGAUAACCAAUCCUCUUCUGGGACUAUGUUGACUGGUCGUGAUAUAUAUAACUAUGGUUUAAUUAUACUUAAUAGAAUUAAUCCAGAUAAUUUUUCAAUGGGUAUAGUUCCCAAUAGUGUAAUAAAUAAGAGAAGUGUGUUUAAUGCGAGUGAAAGUCAAGAGAAUCCACUGGAGACUAUGGGUGUUGAAGUUAAAGAUGAUUUAGUGAUAAUAAAGAACUUAAAACAUGAGGUUUUUGGGAUAUGGAUUCAUACGGUUGCCGAUAGAGAAAAUAUUUAUGAACUGAUAAAGUAUUUACUAGAAAAUGAUGCUAAGGAUUCCUUUACUUAG